CAGCCGUGAGCCUCCUGCUCUGGAGUCUCAUCACCAUCUGCAUCGAGCUGGCCUAAGAUCGAAGUUAUCUUGUUAAAGCCAGUGGAACGGUGGGAGUACGUGGAGAGCAGAGAAUAGGUCUCCUGAGGGAAGUCCCUGUGUCCUAGAAGCACGUUUCAACGGACUGGCAAGUCUCUCCAGCAACCUGCAGGCCGACUUCUGAGUAUCGUGCUUGGAAAGCUAAUGAAAUGCAAGAAACCUCUUUGCAGAUCAAGAGGUUUCUACGCUUUAGUCUGUUAAUGGAAGCACAGUCCUAUGGGAAGGAAGUCAAAAGUCAUCAGUGAACUAGAUUUAAGUUAAGUGACAGCUUCUCCAGGCUCUGCUAGCCAGGACUCCCAAGCAGUCAUGGAGGAUACCACUUUGCAAAUUAUUGAACCACCAACUGCCUCUGAGGCCUCAGAAGAGCAAGUGCCAGAGGAACCCAUCAAAUCAGACCAGAUCAAUGGUGUGAUGGUGCUGACCCUUCUGGACAAGAUCAUUGGAGCAGUGGAUCAGAUCCAACUGACUCAAACACAGUUGGAAGAGAGACAGCAAGAGAUGGAUAGCGCAGUGACCAGCAUCCAAGGAGAAUUGACCAAGCUCACAAAGGCGCAUACCACCACCAGUAACACCGUGAAUAAGAUGCUGGAAAAAGUGCGCAAGGUGAGCGUCAACGUGAAAACCGUUCGGCAGAACCUGGAGAAGCAAGCUGGGCAGAUAAAGAAGCUAGAGGCCAACGAAGCGGAGCUCUUGAAGCGCAGGAACUUCAAAGUCAUGAUCUACCAGGAUGAAGUGAAGCUCCCUUCAAAACUGAGCAUCAGUAAGUCCUUGACAGAGGGCGAGAAGCAAGAGAAGGAAGGAGAGGGUGAGGAGGUACCUGCAGGUGAGGACCAUGCAGAGGAGGAUCACGUCCAGCUCUCCUCAGAUGAAGAGGUGGAGAUUGAAGAGAUUAUUGAAGAGUCACGGGCAGAGCGCAUCAAAAGGAGCGGCAUGAAGAGAGUGGAUGACUUUAAGAAGGCAUUUUCAAAGGAGAAGAUGGAGAAGACUAAGCUGAAGACCAAGGAAAAUCUGGAGAAGACCCGCCACAACUUGGAGAAGACCCGCCACAACCUGGAGAAGAGGAUGAACAAGCUGGGCACCAAGAUUGUAACCAAUGAAAGGAGAGAGAAGAUGAAAACCUCUCGGGACAAGCUGAGGAAGUCUUUCACCCCUGACCACACUAUCUAUGCCAGGUCCAAGACAGCUGUCUACAAGGUGCCGCCCUUCACUUUCCAUGUCAAGAAAAUAAGAGAGGGUGAGGUAGAAGUGAAAGCCGCAGAGCUGGUGGAGGUGGGUGGAGAGGAAGCCGAAAACGCAGAUCUGCUGCGUGGGGAGAGCCCUGAGAUGCACACACUGCUGGAGAUCACGGAGGAGUCUGACGCGGUACUGGUGGACAAGAGUGACAGUGAGUAGGACAGGCUGCAGCGUGGAAGGAUUGUGGACGGACGGCUGAACACGUAAUCAUUCACAUCUUGAGAUCUCUUUUUGCCCUGGUGCCUCGGGGGAAGUGUACACAAUGCAUCCUUACUACUCUGCAGAGCCGACGCCAAUCCCCUGCCUUCUAGGACAAGGUGUAUUUUAUAUUUUAGUUUUAGCACACAGAGAAGUUAGGAACACAGGACUGUUUUUCUUACACUGUUAAAUCACCCUUGGAGACCAUUCCUGCCGCAGGCUGCGUGAGAGCUUCCUAGCCCCCAGACCUGAAGAGGGGCUCUGAGUGACAGGGACCCAGCCCAGCUGGAGCGUGCUAAAACCAAGAUAACGGCUGUACACCUGGGAAACUCAUGUGUCCUCCGUAACCGAAGACCUGGUGUCAAGAAAGCUUCCUGCCCAGCAACCUGCCCAGCCCACAAGAGCCUGGUUCCCUGCGCCAGGCUCAGCAGCCAUCCACGCGGGAGAGAGUCGGGGGUCCAUGCUGGCCACCAGUUCCUGAGGAUGCCUGGGGCUGUCCCUGGGGAGCAGAAGACUGGGGAUACGUCCUAGCCCGGGAGGGAAGAGCUGAGCAAACCCUGUUGACGGACAGAGGAAGUGCGAAGCUGUGCACGGCCACGUGGCACGCAGGCGGGUCUGCUCCCUUCUCCCCUCCCUGGGGAUUCGAUGACCAUGGCAGUGCCUUGGACGCCAGUGUCACGAAAGACGACCUGCUGUUGGACCUGCCGCCGGGGAGCCCCGUGCUCGUCCCACGGCCCGGUGUCGCGGCAGGACCGGCAUGGGCCACGCUCCCUUCCCGGGGUUGAAGUGCGGUGUCCAGGGCCUGGCAGGGCGCUCCAUAGGGAUGGGGUCUGAGCCUGUCGCUCCACUGCUGCAGCUGCGCGGCAGCCCCUGAGA